AUGGCUGAAGAAAUACAAAAGUUGGACAUUCUCGAAGAAUCUGAAAACUUGAUGGUCCAACAGCUUGACACUCGAAAACAGCUUAAGCUUAAUCUGUCGAAUGUAAUAGCUGACGAGGAGGUGCUAUGGAAGUCCAAAGCUAGGCAGCAAUGGUUAAACGAGAUUGUCAACUGGUGCUCGAAAGCUGGGGUUGAAUGUGUUGGAGUUAAAGCUGAUUUCGAGAAGGCAUACAAUAAAGUGAGCUGGGGAUUUCUAAGAAAGGUCAUGAUAUGGCUGGGGGCGAGCAACAAGUGGUGUGGCUGGAUUGAUCAGUGUAUUUUUAAUGCUAAAGUUGCUAUUCUAGUGAAUGGGGCUCCAUCCAAAUGGAUCAAAACAAAAAGAGGGCUUCGACAAGGGGACCCACUAUCCCCCUAUCUCUUCCUUCUGGUUGCAGAAGGACCAGCAAGAGUGACGAAUAGAGCUGUAUGUAACAACCUGUUGAUGGGGCUUGGACCCACUGCGACCUCCAAGGUUGCAAUUAUCCAGUACGCCGACGAUACUAUCUUCUUUUGCGAGGCUAAACGUAGGCAAGUUAGAAAUCUCCUUUUUGUUUGGCAACUUUACGAGUGGGCAUCCGGGCUGAAGAUUAAUCGAGAUAAAUCAGAGCUUCUUUAUCUGGGUAGUCGUGAAGAUCAAGGAGUAAGGCUCGCCGAAGUUUUAGGAUGUAAACUAGGUUCUCUCCCGAUCCGGUAUCUCGGCUUACCCCUCUCAAACAGACUUCUUCGAAAAGAGGACUGGUGGCCUAUCAUUGAGCGUGUUGAGAGACGGGUUGGAGGGUGGCAAGCAAAACUCCUCUCCCAAGGUUCUUACAAACAGCGGCGACCCCUUCUGAAUGGCACUUACUACUCCAGGCGUAGACCCCUCGGGGAAGGUGCCUCCUUCAGACCAUACUCUCAAUGGUGGCGGAACGUCUUAGCAAAUAGGGCUCUAUUGAAGUGUGGAAUCUCCUUCUCGAUAGGGGACGGUCACAGUACUAACUUCUGGUCGGACAUCUGGGUCGAAGGAUCUACCCUACGAUCAUGUUACCCCAACUUAACUAAUGCCGUGCAGAGCCGUAAUUAUAGGGUGAAGGAAUGCUACGGUCGUAGUGGGUGGAGGUGGCAUAAAAUUUUGGCGGAUUACGAACCUAGCUCGCAAGCCGAUAGAGAGUCGAUCUUGAAGCUGAAAGACUCACCAUCGAACGUGAUGUUAUCAGCCACUUCAGAUGUCAUCAAAUGGAGAUGGACGCACUCUGAGAUGUUUAUAGUUAACUCCCUCAACAAAUUCUUACAAGAUGGUGGGGUCAAAGAGAACAGCUACUCUCAGCUAUGGAUGACUAGAAUUCCUCUGAAGGUCAAAAUCUUCGUAUGGCUCGUCUUAAAGCGCAAGGUACUGACAAAGAACAAUCUCCUGAAAAGGGGCUGGAAUGGUGAACUCGUCUGUGUCCUGUGUUCUCUUCAGCCGGAGACGGUUGACCACCUUUUUGUGGGGUGCGAGUUUACUUGUGCACUACUGGAAAGUCAGUUGUCUAAUAAAUAUUCUUUAGUUAACUGCACUUCGGUGACUGGGCUUUGGGGGUGCAGCAGACUCAAAGGUGGUGUUAUAGGGCGUUUGGAGCUUACUACUAUCGCCACCCUGUGGUGGACUAUUUGGUUGGAGCGUAAUAUGAAAGUGUUCGAGCAUAAAAAACGUAACUCGAGCCAAUUGCUGCGGCAGGCCUGUGAACUUAGAUAUUUGUAG